AUGGCUGUCAAAAGCAGAACCACCUACUUCAACGACCCUCGACUCUUAGAUAUCACGCUCCGCCUGCAAGGCAAACAUGGGCAGAUGGACUUUCAUGCACACAAGAUCAACCUCUCUCUCGAGAAUCUAGCUGGUUCAAGGCCAAAAUCCUCGAGACGGACAGGACUAUACCCCCUAUCUCACCUAUUCCGCGAACGAACAUCCCUUCUCCCACCUCUCCACCUGGUCGGAAUCGUUAAGACAGCCGAGAAGUAUGGAGUUGCGCCGCUUCAAUUGCAGGCCGUUCAAGCAUUCGAGACCGCCGCUAGCGCUCUUUUAAACACGAUCAAGGACGCAAAAGAAAGCGAUUGGGAGAGCUGCGACAACAUGCGUAGGUUCUGGAGCUUGGUUCACGAUGCCUACAAGAGCAAGAUGGGAAGGACUCAGAGCUUGAGUGCGGCCGUGCGUUCCCAGUCUUUGCGAGACGGCUAUAUAUUACCUGGGCUACGCAGCGAGUCGGUAGGUGCGGACAUGGGCUUGUCCUGGAGUGCGAGUAUUAGAAGAGACGAGGGGCAUGCAGAGGUGUUAAUUCUUCCUGGGAAGCUCUUCAGCUGA